AGUAUUUAAAUAUAGUACUCGUUUGGAUACUAGUCAGUAGACAGUAGACACUAGCUAGUAGCUGGUCCGCCGCGUACCUUGUUGUUCCUCUUAUUCGGAUUAUCCUUAAUUAAGAAAACAGUUAAAAUGCCUCAAAACCACAUCAAUGGGUUCGACCCCAAGAUGGCCACUAUCGAGAAGCUGUUCCAGGCUAUCCAGCCCAAGAGCGAGGACACGGGCAGUAAGAUCACGGUCGUCGGGACGGGACAAGUGGGCAUGGCCGCUGUAUUCUCCAUGCUUACCCAGGGAGUAACAAACAACAUCGCAUUGGUCGACGUGAUGGAAGAUAAAUUAAAAGGGGAAAUGAUGGACUUGCAGCACGGUUCUGCCUUCAUGAGGAACGCCCGAAUACAAGCGAGCACAGAUUACUCCAUUUCUGCUGGAUCUAAAAUCUGUGUGGUCACCGCCGGCGUGCGCCAGCGCGAAGGGGAAUCUCGUCUCGAUCUCGUCCAAAGGAACACAGAUGUCCUCAAGAUCAUCAUUCCUCAAUUAAUGAAAUACAGCCCCGAUGCAGUCAUUAUCAUCGCUAGUAACCCAGUGGACAUUCUAACGUACGUUACUUGGAAGAUCAGUGGUCUGCCCAAGCACCGCGUCAUUGGCUCCGGUACCAACCUCGACUCCGCAAGAUUCCGCUACCUUCUAUCCGAUAAAUUAUCAGUAGCAGCUACUUCAUGCCACGGAUAUAUUAUCGGAGAACACGGAGACAGCAGUGUACCCGUAUGGUCUGGAGUCAACGUCGCUGGAGUAAGACUGAGUGAAAUUAACCCAAAGAUCGGUACUGAAAACGACCCCGAAAACUGGAAAGAACUGCACGAAAUGGUAGUUAAGAGCGCAUAUGAGGUUAUCAAACUAAAGGGUUACACUUCAUGGGCUAUCGGCCUCUCACUCGCACAGCUCUCCCGUGCCAUACUCACUAACGCGAACAGUGUACACCCAGUAUCCACGUACUUGAAGGGCGAGCAUGGUAUAGAGGAGGACGUAUUCUUGUCGUUGCCGUGCGUGCUGGGAUCCUCUGGAGUGUUGGACGUCAUUCGCCAGCCUCUCACUGAAAACGAGCUCAGCCAACUGCGCAAAUCCGCACAACUCAUGGCGCAAGUGCAGGCCGGAAUCAAAUUUUAGAUAUAUAUUAGUCCAAAGAUUUUCCCUCGAUGUUUGCUUCUAAUAUCAAGUCAUUAGGUAAAUUUUAGGUAUGAGAAUUUAGGCAUCCUGCAAUUUGUACCUAUUUUAUAAUAGUAAUUUAUUUAAUUUUUAAAUGUUUUUGAAUAACUUUCAGUGUGAUUUCUUUACUUGUAUAAAUUAAGUACUUGAAGCGUAAUUUUAAUUUUACUUGGUACACCAUCGAAUUCUGUUGAAUAAGUCUAAUUUAAGUGACAUGACAAAUUAUGAUCCGAAUUUUUUUUUUAUUCUUGGCAAAUUUGUAGAAACUUGCAUUUAUAAAAUGUCUAUCUACAGAUAAUCUGUUUUGCUAUGCUUGAGGCAGAAACUUACUUCUGCUUCUUUAUUAUGUAAAACUGUAUGUCGUGUUUGUGAUAAACUAUAAUUAAAAAAUAUAAACUUCUAGUAGGACGCACCUACAUGUGAUCGUUUAGUACUCCAUGCUUUUAACAUUUGUGGGUGCAUUAAACAGCGAUGAUUUAGAUAAGCUAGUAAAAUACAAUUAAACCAUAUCCGAUUUCCUAUUCAUGAUUAUUUUUAGAAUAUUGUUUUAGAAUUUAAGAUAACUUAUAUGCCAUUGAUUGAAUAUUGACUGGUUUUUUAUACCAUUUUUAAUACCCUGAGAGUAUUUUUGUAUUUAAUUAAUGUAAUCAUGCACUCCAAUA